CAUUUCUCCCUUCAUCAAUCCUAAUAUCAUCUCUUUAGAAAAAAUAAUGGAUUUUGAGCUAAAAUCAUCAUCUAGUGAUCUUCACCCUCAGUUGAUCAACCUAGACCUCGAACUAGACCUCGUGCUCGAUCGAUCAUCAUCAUCAUCAGUGUCCUCACCGGCAUCUUUUUCUCGGUCGUCGAGCUCGGCCGUGGGCGAGGCAAGGGUGUUCUCAUGUACUUAUUGUAAGAGAAAAUUUUACAGCUCCCAAGCCUUAGGAGGGCACCAAAACGCCCACAAACUUGAACGUACUUUAGCCAAGAGGAAUAAAGAGCUUAGUAGACAUGGCACUAUUAUGUCUCAUAAUUCUGGCUUAAAUCAUAUGGUGAUGUUUAGGGAUCAUGGAAUUGAGUACAAUUUUGCAAGUAAUCGUCAUAAUACUAAGUUUAGCUAUGAAACAAGAGAUCAUCAUCACAUAUAUGGUUCUAACAAGGAUGAUCUUGAUUUGUCAUUAAGACUUUAAUCAAAUUAAAUUAUUAUUGUUGUUGUUUAAUUGGUUUCUAAAUUCAAAUUAAAAGAAGUGGCCUCUAAGAAAAUUAGGAAUUGAGUCAAAAAUAUUUAUUUUGUACGAUAGUGAUUACCAACUUGAAUUACCCAAUGUUUA